AUGAAUUGUUAUACAAAUAAUAAUACAUGUGAAUUAUUCGCUAAUUAUUCAUCUUCAUCAUCAUCAUCAUCAUCAUCAUCAUCAUCAUCAUCAUCAUCAAUAGUGAAGUUUGAUCUCAAUUCCAUAUUUAUAUUUAUACAACAACCGCCAUUGCAAAACACAGCAACAAUAACAACGACAACAAUAGCAACAACAACAACAACAACAGCAACAAUAACAACAACAACAGCAACAAUAACAACAACAACAACAACAACAACAGUAGCAACUCGACCGAUUGGUGUCACGGUUGCUGGUUAUGGAAAUGGUACUUCAGGAACUGCUAAUAAUGCUCUGAAUAAACCAUCAGGAUUGGCAAUAGGAGUGGAUGGAUCACUUUACAUCAGUGAUUAUUAUAAUUCUAGAGUAAUACAAAUACAAGAAGGAAAUUUAACUGGGAAGAUCGUAGCCGGCACAGGAAUAUCGGGUAAUAGUGUCGUGCAAUUGAAGAAUCCAACAGGAUUAGCUUUAGAUGCAUCUUCAAAUCUUUAUGUCAGCGAUGAUUAUAAUUAUAGAGUGAUGUUAUGGAGGAAAAAUUCAUCGGCAGGUAUACUAGCAGCGGGAACUGGCGCUUCUGGAACUUCAUUGAACAAGUUUAGUACAACAGGUGGAUUAAAAAUUGAUUCACAAGGAAAUAUUUACGUUGUUGAUCAUGGCAAUAAUCGAGUAAUGAAAUAUGCACAGAACGCUACUUCAGGCACGCUCGUAGCUAGCAUUUCAGGUGUAGUAGGUAGUAACAAUUCACUAUUCGAUCAACCGCAUGAACUUGACUUAGAUGAAAAUAAUUCUUAUAUUUACAUCGCUGAUUUAAAUAAUCAUCGAAUUCAACGUUGGAGUCCAGGAGCAACAAGUGGAGUGACAGUUGUAGGUGUAACGGGAAUCAGCGGGACUAAUGCGACGUUAUUGAAUGGACCUUUUAGUAUAGCUUUAAGUAUGAACGAAACUUUCUUAUAUGUAUGUGAUUCAGGCAAUCAUCGAGUACAAAGAUUUCAAAUCCUAUGA